AAAAUAAAGCCAGAGGAACGCAAUUUGCUGCUCAUUACGCCCUCGGUGCUGGCAGUCAGUGGUGUGCGCAGGUGCCAGGGGCACCAGUGCUCAUAGCCCGACACUGCUCGCGCUCGGCCCGCCCGCCCGAUCCGGACAGAGAGCCGUAACCCAAGCUGACCCGCGGCUGGUCAGAGGAACAAGCAACCAUGAACCCCAUCCAACAGGAAUCGAGGGACAUGGAGAUGUCGGCCGCGCGCGCGCCGGAAUCGCCCGGUGAGGAAUUCGGCGGCCUCCGCUACCCGCCCGGCCGGCGGCCGUCGACGCAGCGGCGGCGCCUGCCGCCGCGCACGUGCUGCCUGGCCGUGGCGCUCACGACGCUGGGCACCUGCCUUUUCGUUGCCGGGUGCGUCGCGUCCUUCGGCGCCAACGGCGGGUCCGCGGCCGUGGAGCUCUUUGUGCUCGCGGCGCUGACGUUAUUGCCGGGCGUCUACGCCUCCUACCACCUCAUCGGUAUAAAAAUGAGGUGGCCGGGCUUCGACAACGUGGCCAUGUUCCACGAGGACGUGCAGUUCGUCUAGGAGCUGUCCAUACCCCCUGCCUGUGUGUGUCCGUCUAGAGCGGCUAAGAAUUGAGUACCCUAGUAUUUUGACUCC